AUGGCUAUACAACAAGAUUCCAAACCUGCCUUACCCCCUCGUCCAACUGUUAUUAAUGAGACUGGGUUUUCCGGAUGUGCCAAGACUCCGCCUUCUUGGCUUACCGCGUUGGUGCAUCAUAAUGAAGGAAAUAAAAAACACGUGCACGAAUUUUUUUUAUCUGAAUGUUUUGCUAACGAACCCGAGACUGUUUUAAUAUGCAAGAAGUGUCACAAACGAUUUAUAUUGUCCACAUCAAUAUCAACACAAACCGAUGAGACUACUAGUCAAAUUAAUUUUGAUCGUGGCAUGUGUGCUGUUAAUUUAGAAAAUAAAUUACAUCAUCUCCAUACCACAAUUUCAACAAAGACAAAUGUAGCUUCUCAGUGUUGCUAUUGUAAUUUCACUGUAAAUGUUGAGAUUCAUGAACCUUACAUUGAGAUUCAGAUCUUUGAUGAUUUGCAAAAAACAAGGCACAUUCCCACCUAUUCUAAUAUUACAAGGAAAACUAAUGGCUUCGAAAAUGGGCCUUCGAUAAAUUUAUUUGACACUCUCGAUCUUUUAUCAAAGAUAAUUACAAAGUUAAUUAAUAAUGCUGAUAAUGCUGAUGGAGGAAUAAGAUUAAAUGUAAAUUCAAAGGUAUUUACUUCAAAGGUUGGCUAUGAUAAUGCGAGCAAGGCCUUUUUUGAUAAGCUUGGGUAUGAAUUGGUGGAUGAUCAAUAUAUGGAGCCACCACCGCUUACGGAUGAAUAUACUGUAAAAUUAAAACAUGUAAAAGAACAAAUAGAAAUGAAGACGAUUGAGAUACAUGAGAAGGCAUCUGGACAAUUUUCUACUUCAUAUAAAGAACCAUACGAAAAGUUGGAGACUAUUCUUGGAACGAAAUAUGAACAACGACAACACCGCACCCUUUCGUCAUUCGAUCCUACAAAUGCAAUCCGUUCACCAUCUCCUAGCUGCACGACAUUAGGGUGUGUGUCAGACAUGGAUGAUAAAACUCUUGAAUGGGCUUAUUUAAAAGCCAUUGAAGAAUCACCGGAAAAAAUUCCCGAAUAUUUGCAAGCAAUAUAUGAAGCGUCGAAAGAAAGAAAAAGCGAACAACUAGAGCAGUUGGUUGCAGUGCAAAAAUCAUUAGGCAAUUUUAGUCAAGAUGAUGUUAGUGAGGCAUACAGUGUCAUGAAAGCGAAUCCUAAUGUUUCUGAUGAACAACUUAUAGAUGCAUACAAGUAUUACACUGGCGGUGCAUCUGCAAAAAAGUAUUGUGAUUCUUUAUUAAUCAUCGGAAAAUUUAGGCGUAGCGAAACGAUAAAUAAAUUUCUUAUCGAAGAAGGUUCAAAUGAAGUCGAUAUGACUGAUUAUUUCAGUGAUAUGCCAGUCGGUCUGGAUAACAUUGGAAAUACAUGCUAUCUGAACUCUCUGUUACAAUACUAUUUUACAAUUCGAAAUCUACGGGAGGCCGUUUUAUCGGCUGAUACGUCGUCUAUUAAUGGUUUAGAUAACAAUUGGGAGUCACUUACCAGUGGAGGAAGAAAAGUUUCAAAAUCUGAAGUUGAAAGAGCCAAGAAAUUUGUCAGUCUUUUGCGUGAUCUUUUUAUUGAUUUGAUGCAAACAUCAUAUCAAUCUAUUGCUCCAAAUACUGAUCUAGCAUACUUGGCACUUGUUAAUGCUAAAAAUGACGAUGAAUAUAAGGAGACGACUAAAUCACCUAUGGAUACUUCUACAAACUCUGAUAUGGUUAUGGAUGAUUCAAGUCCAGGUCCCUCUGCUCCAGCAACUGCAUCUGCAAUGAAUUUAUCCGAUUCUAGCUCGAGUCCUCCAGAAAUUGAGGAGGUAUUAAUGUCUGGUGUAUCGCCUAACUGUACAGAUCAAGACCCACUAUAUCGAUCAACUAAUGGACAAUAUCAAACGGAGAGUGAUGCUAGCAUUUUACAUUCAUUAAAAGGGAAGGAAAAGGAAGAUAAUUUUUCAACUGCGAAAACAUAUGGUCCUCAUUUGCCUGAUGAUUCACUUACAACUACUAAAGAAGAUAAAAUAAAGACCGCAUCUUCAAUGUUAUUUGGUAAACAACAAGAUGUAACGGAGUGUAUGGACAAUGUAAUGUUCCAGCUUCAGGCUGCAUUAAAGGUUACCAUGCCUGAUCAAAAUGGCGAGCAACAAAACAUUGUGGAAAGUUUGUUUUAUGGCCAAACACGACAAGUUCUUCAGUAUAAAGACCAACACACGGGCGGACUUGUUCAAAAUAUAAAAGAAGAACAAUUCAAUCAUUUGAUAUCCUUAAUAUUUCUUUUUCCAUUCGUCGUUUCUGAAGGUCGUGAUUUGUAUGAUGGGCUUGAUGUUUGUUUCGAUACAUCAACGGUUGAAUUUGAUGGCACUCAGGCGCAACGAGAUGUUACUCUCACAAGGCUACCACCAAUACUACAAAUACAAGUGCAACGGGUUCAAUUUGAUCGAUCCACGUCAAAUGUUUAUAAAUCAAAUGCCUACCUUCGUUUAGAACCGACUAUAUAUCUUGACAGAUAUUUAGAUAAGCAUCAUGAACACUUAAGAGAAAGGCGCAUACGUGCGCACGAGAUGAAACAAGAGAUCGAAUUAUUACAAACGGAACUCAAAGAUCUCACACAGGAUAAGACGACAUUUUUGCCCACCGUUGACCUACUUAAAUUCACCAGCGAAUUUGUUCAAUCGAUCAAAGAUGAUGAUUCCGAUUUUAUUAUCGAUGAAAAUUUCGAUUGGCGAUUGCCAGAAAUAGAACAAGAAAGACAACGUGUUAAUAAAAGGAUUGACGGUAAUUUUAUUCAUAAUGUUCAUUUUUUAGGCCAUUCUGAUGCCAAUUUUUAUACAGAUAUUCAACAUAGAAUUUUCUUAUUGAGAACCGAAUUGAAGGAACUCUACAAAGACAUGACAGAAUGUGUAUAUAGAUUGUACGCAGUAUUUAUACACAGUGGUCAAGCAACGUUUGGUCAUUACUGGAUAUAUAUUUAUGAUUUUGAAAAAAAUCGGUGGCUAAAAUAUAAUGAUUCAUACGUGACGAAGGUUGAUGAUUAUGAAGUAUUUGCAGAUACAACUGGUAAAUCAGCAAACCCUUAUUGCAUGGUUUAUGUACGAGCGCAAGGUAACGUUUGCAUUUAUUAA